AGAUGAAAACAAUCAAAAUAAUAUUAUGAACUCAUUUUGUUAUUACAAAAUUAAAGUUUUAAUAAAUAACAAUAAAUUUUGAAACGACAACGAACAACAACAACAAUCGUCAUUUCGUCAAUCAACAAUAUUUAUUGGGGCAUUGAUACAGUGAUGAUAUAGAUAGGCACCUGUAUUGAGAUUUUGUGCCUUUGUAGUUCUUCAAACAACCGUACGUCGCUAGCGCCAUAAGUGAGUCGUAAGUGAGACGGAACUGAGCCGAGACGACCAUCGAACACAGCUGUUGAUGAAUUUAUUUAUUAUUUAUCGUGUAAUAAAAAAAAAAGUUUGACAGCUGUGUACAGUGGUGUGAGUGAGAGUUUGAUAAAUCAUUUAGUUCAUUUUAUAAAAAAAGAGGGCACUUUCAACUAUCAUACACUUUAUGUAGUAUGAUACGUAUCAUACGUAUGAUUGUAUGAUACCCCGAAAAUCGUCGAAUUACCCAUCACUGUGCCCUGUGAACAUGGGUGCUGAAUGCUGAUCAUUUGGCAAGUUGGCAAUUCUGUCUAUGAGAAAUUUCUUUGUAAUUUAGAGAAUAAUACUAGAUAUAAUACUAAUACCGUAUUCACCUGAGAAAGACGGGAUUAUUGAAUUUCUUUGAAGAUUUUGUAAAUAUUUUAUUUAGUAUCUCCGUGUGAUUGUAGAACGUACGAACUUAUAUGAGAACGUAGUUUUUUGGUCAAUUCAUUAAAUGCUGUUCUAAAAACGUUCGUGUGGUGUUGGUCAAAGCUGACAAUUGAAAAAAAAACCGACGUUUGCGGGGCAGAAGGCACAGUUUCUGUAAUGGCCGUCGUAUCAUGAAAUGAAGGUACCUAGCCAGUUUUGCGAUCCUAUAAUGGAAGAAAAUUCUAGCUCAGUUUCUCAAAACCACAACGGGCCCUUGUCAAGCGGUGUUAAUGUAUCAGUGGCCAAUGAUAAACAUCAAAACAGUGACAACUCAAGUGGAAACGGUGGUAAGGACCAAAAAUCACAAUACUCAAUGCCUGGUAUCCUUCACUUUAUCCAACAUGAGUGGGCUCGCUUCGAACUUGAUAGAUCACAGUGGGAACUUGAUAGGGCUGAAUUUCAGGCUAGAAUAGCUUUUCUUCAAGGCGAAAGAAAAGCUCAAGAAAAUUUGAAAAAUGAUUUAGUGAGACGAAUCAAAAUGCUCGAGUAUGCUUUAAAACAAGAGAGAGCGAAAUGUCAUAUACUCAAGUAUGGAACAGAUUUGGUUAUUCAAGAUGAUGUGAAACAACCACUUUAUGAAGAAAGUGGCACAGUUGGAGGUUCAGAAGGUGAUGUUGGCGAUGGUGAAGCUCCUUUCACGUCAGUAAGCAACAUUACAUGGAAAGAAGGGCGGCAGCUUUUAAGAGAGUAUCUUCAAGAGAUCGGGUAUACUGACACUAUUAUUGAUGUUAGGUCAAAUAGAGUUAGAUCAUUGCUUGGAUUAAAUAAUAUCACAAAUUCAGAAGACAUAAAUACGCCAGCUUCAAAUGGCAAUGAAACCUCGAAUAAACGUUCAUGGGAAAAUCAAGGCCGUCGAACAAGUAAAAAGGUAGAGCAACAACCUACCUCUAUUGCUGAGGCAAUGAUACUUGAUACGGAAGCGUCGGUUAUGGCGAAUUUUGAGUUUCUUGCUCACACAGACAUUGAUAUGGAAGAAGAAGAAGUUGAAGUGGAGGAGGCACUCUAUGAAACUGAUGGAGAUAUCAAAUCAAACAAGACGUCUAUGAUAUUGGGUGAGGAUGUUGAUGCAGAAGCUGAAGAAGUUUUAAACGAGUUGAAUCUUCUUACGGAAGCUGAGGAAUCUUUACCUGGAUCUAUAAUUCAUGUUGAUGUUGAUUCAAAUAAGUGGAAUAACGCAAUGCGCAGAUCAAUGCAACCAGAUACUCAACGCUCUGGAGAAGAAGGCGACUCAGCAUUGGGUCUUGGAGAGCUAGCUCAAUUAACUGUUAACAAUGAUGCCGAGAUGGCAGCGACAAAAGAGACAUUUAGGAAGACUUGGAAUGCAAAGUAUACGUUGCGCUCCCACUUUGACUGUGUUAGAUCUCUUGUCUUCCAUCCAACAGAUCCAGUGUUAAUAACUGCAAGUGAUGAUCACACAUUAAAACUUUGGAAUUUACAAAAAACCGUGCCAGCAAAAAAAUCCGCAUCACUGGACGUCGAACCGUUAUACACGUUUAGAUCUCACACUGGACCAGUCUUAUGUCUAGCCAUGUGCAACACCGGAAGUCGUUGUUAUAGUGGAGGAAUUGACGGCAAGAUUCAUUGCUGGUCGGUUCCUUCCGGCAAUAUUGAUCCAUAUGACUCUUAUGAGCCUGGAAUUUUAGGCCAAUCAUUGUCUGGGCACACGGAUGCUGUUUGGGGACUUAGUAUGUACCAUCCAAAAUCACAGUUACUGUCAGUUAGUGCAGAUGGUACAGUCAAACUUUGGAACUCUCAAAGUAAAGUGCCACUUUUGAAUACAUAUGCAUCUGAGCAGGAUGGUAUUCCAACAUCUGUUGAUUUUGUUAGAGAUGAGUGCCAUAAACUUGUAGUUGCAUACGAAGGGGCAUGUGUCGUUUUUGAUGCGGAAACUGGCUCAAUUGUCUCUCGGUUGGAGGGUCACGGGACAAAAGGUGUUAACCGAGUUGUUGCUCAUCCAAUUCAGCCACUUAUUAUAGCUGCUUAUGAAGAUCGACAUAUUAGAUUUUAUGACCAUCGCUCGGCUACACUCGCUCAUGCCAUGGUUGCCCAUUUAGAUGCCGUUACUAGUCUCGCUGUUGAUCCUCAUGGACUUUACUUGUUAUCUGGCAGUCAUGACUGCAGCAUAAGAUUAUGGAAUAUGGAUAACAAGACUUGCGUACAGGAGAUCACUGCUCACCGCAAAAAGUUUGAUGAAAGUAUUCUAGAUGUAGCAUUUCAUCCGUCGCUACCAUUCAUUGCCAGUGCAGGAGCUGAUGCUCUAGCCAAAGUUUUCGUGUAAAUGACAUAAAAUGAAAAAGCAACACCCAUGAAAAGUAAAAUAAAAAAUCCAAUGGAUAAACGUCGUUGAUAUUAUAUGAAAAUGAAUCAUGUAAAGUGGAUUUUGUACUGAUGUUUAAUUUUUUGUUUUGUAACUUAGCUUGUACAUGUUCUGUCUUUCCAUAAUACAUUUUCCAAUAUUUCGUUGAAUUAUUCUCCCAAGUCAUGAAAUUUCAAAAAGAAAUAUAGACAAAAAUUCAAUAUAGAAAUAACUUGAGGAAAAACAUUGAAUUAUAGUCAUUGUUUUGAAACUGUCUAUCUAAAAAAAAGUUUUUGACGGAUAUUUAAAUUAUUAUAUUACAUAUUAAUAUUAAGACAAAUAAAAACUUAUAGGAAAAUAUAAAUCCUAACUUGUAGUAUCAAAAUCGACAGAAAAAAAUUGGAUAAGCUUUAUUCAAGUAUUAAUUUUAUCCGAUACUGAGACAUCAAUAAUCUUAUUAGACUCAAUUCAGUGAGUAGAGUUGAAGAAUAGAAUUAAAUUCUGAUAAAGAGCGCGUAGGGCCCUUUCCAGACCCUGAUAAAUGCAAUGUGUAUAGGUAUAGUUCUUUGAAACUGUAAAGUGAAUUUGGAUAAUUGAAAUCGAAAAUUUACGAUAAAAACUAAUUAUCAAUGAAUAGAAAUGAAUAAUAAAAACUAUACAGUAAUAAUUCAAUAUAUAAAAAAAGGUCACUCCCUCUGAUGUAAAAGUUUUAAAAACACUGCCGCAGUAACGUAAUAUCUAUUGCAGUGCUGUUGCAUAGCUAUUUGAGUUUUUUUUUAAAACGUUUGAAUGAAUAAUAAUUUCGGAAUUGAUAAUACUCUUUCAUAAAACUAUGCAUAUCCUGAAGCUUUCACAAAAAAAGAAAUUAAUAUUCUACUAUUACACUAUUCAUGCAUUAUACCUGAAAUAAAACAGUCUUAUAUAGUAUCUAUGAUGAAUACAAUAAUAAAUAAAACUAAUAAUAAAUAAAUCGUAAUAAAAUAACUAUACAUUAAAAAAAAAAAAUACUUAACUGCUACAAUUAAUUACAAUGAAUUAUAAACGUGUGUCUUGCUGUAAUAUAUUGUAAUAAAAAAUAAUGAUACAAUAGAGGAGAAAAAAAAAUACUAUUGUAAUCUGA